CAAGGAACGCUUUCAUUGGCAAAGCCACAAUGUCAAACAGAGCGGGGUGGAUGACAUGGUCUUGCUCUCCAAAAUUCAUGAAGAUGCCAUCGUGGAAAAUCUGAAGAAACGUUACAUGGAUGAUUAUAUUUUCACCUAUAUUGGACCAGUCCUUAUAUCUGUCAACCCCUUUAAGCAGAUGCCCUACUUCACAGAUCGAGAAAUUGAACUCUAUCAAGGAGCGGCUCAGUAUGAGAAUCCACCUCACAUCUAUGCUCUCACAGACAACAUGUACCGCAAUAUGCUCAUUGAUGGAGAGAACCAAUGUGUCAUCAUCAGUGCUAGCUUUUCCUGCCUAUCUUUUGGGAAUCGACAAGGACCGCCUAGAUGAGAAGCUCACCAGUCGAAAAAUGGACAGCAAAUGGGGUGGCCGGUCAGAGUCCAUUAACGUAACCCUCAAUGUAGAACAAGCAUCUUAUACGCGCGAUGCCUUAGCCAAAGGCCUAUAUUCCCGGGUCUUCGACUUCCUUGUUGAGAGAAACGGCUUUGAACAAUUCUGCAUUAACUUUGUGAAUGAAAAACUUCAACAGAUCUUCAUUGAAUUGACACUCAAAGCAGAGCAGGAAGAGUAUGUGCAGGAAGGCAUCAAAUGGACUCCAAUUGAAUAUUUCAACAACAAAGUUGUGUGUGAUCUCAUUGAAAACAAAGUG